AUGUUAAUUUUUUUCUUUUUCUUUUCAAUUUUCUUCAUUCUUUUUUUUUUUCUUUCUUUUGUUUUUUUUCAUUUUUCUCUUUCCAUUUCAUUUUCAUUUCUGGGGUUUUUUUUUCAUUUUUCUUUUUUUCGAUCUUUUCUUUUUUUCUUUUUUUUUUUUUUGGGAACAUUUUUUUUUUUUCUUUUCCUUCUUUUUUCCUCCUUUCUUUCAACAUUGGGCUUUUUUCCUAACUUCUUUUCUCUUUUUUAUUUUGACUCUUCCUCAUCUACUGUUUUUUUAUUAUGUCAUGUUUCUUUUUUUUUUUUCCUUUCCUUUAUUUUUUUUUUAUUGUUUUUUUGUUCUUCCAUUUCUUUUUUCAGUUCACAUCUUUUCUUUUCUCUGAGUUUAGUACUUUUCUUUUUUUUUUCUCUCUUUUUUUAUCUUUUUCUUUUCCUCACAAAAACAUUUCCCACCAUUCCUUUUUUCACAAGAGUCAUUCUUUUUCUUUCUUUUUUCCCUCUUUUCUUGUUUAGUCUAGUUUUCUUUUUUCUUUCUUUUCAGAUUUUUUUCUUCCUGUUUCUCCAUUCUUUUCUGCCUUCUCCUUUAGGACUUUUCUCUUCCUUUUCCUGCUUUCUAUUUUUUAUUUAUUUCAAUUUUUACCAUUGGGGAAAACGGUUACAAGAUACAGAAGCUUUCUUUCUUUUUUUUAACCUUUCUUUUCUUUUUUUUUUUCAGCAUCACACACACCUCUUUUUUCUCUCUCAAAUUUUCUUCCUAAUACUCUUCUAUUAUUACUUUUUUUAUACUACUAAUAUUCUUCCUUUUCUCCCUUUCUCUAUUUCUUUUAAAUUCUUUUUACCCAUUUAUUUUUUCUUAAGACUUUGUUCAAGGUCAGUUUUUCCCGCCCAACUUUUCACACGGCCGUCUCUGUUUUUGCAACCUUAUUUUUUACAGGGUUUUCUUUUCAUUGAUCGGCUUCUUCCCCUUUCCCCUUUCUUAACCACAGGGUACAUCGGCAUUGACGCGGCCGUUCUCUUUUUACUCAAUUCUACAGGGGCCUUAUUUUCUUCUCAUUUGUUCUUUAUUAACGCUCCCUUUAUUAAUGCAAUUUUACUCUCUUCUUUUUCCUACAGAGCCUUACAUUCUUUCCUUUCUACUUCCCUAUCAAACUUUUUAACCUCAACAUUUCUCUUUCUUCCUUUUCUCCCUUUCUUAAUACACACCUUCUCUCUCUUUUUUCCUACCAUUCUUUUCUUCUUUUAUUCUCUUUCUUCCUUUUCUCCCUUUCUUAAUACACACCUUCUCUCUCUCUUUUUUCCUACCAUUCUUUUAUUAUCCUUUUCUUUUCAACAUUUCUCUUUCUUCCUUUUUUCUUCUUUUAUUUUUAUACACCUUUUUAACACCCUUCUCUCUCUUUUUUCCUACCAUUCUUUUCUUCUUUUAUUCUCUUUCUUCCCUUUUCUCCCUUUAAUACACACACCUUCUCUCUUUUUUUAUUUUUAUUUUCUUUUUUAUUCUUCUUUUCAUUUUUCUUUCUUCCUUUUUUAUCCCUUUCUUAAUUUUAUUCAUUCCUUUGAUAAUAUUUUCAUCUACUUUUUUUUUCCACCUUCCUUCGUUCCUUUCAACUUCAAUACUUUCUUCCUCAAUUACUUCUCCAACUUCUUUCUUUUUCUUUAUUCUUCAUUUUCUUUCAUAUCUAAAUGCAAACCUUUUUCCAAAUAUUGUUCUUCAGAUACUCACAACUCCUCCUUUCUCCUUCUACAAAUAAUUUUUUUCAGUUUUAUUUUCCUUUUUACAAAAUUAUCUUUUAUUGCAUUCCAUCCUCUCCUUUGCUUUUUAGGGUUCAGAUAUCUAUCUAUCUAUCGCUGUAGCUAUAUAUUCCAUUCUGUUUGUAUUUCUCUCAUUCUGUUCCUAGCUAUCUAUCUAUCUAUCUAUCUAUCUCUCUAUCUAUCUGUUGAGAUGUUCUAUCUAUCUCAUUCUGUUAAUAUCUAUCUAUCUAUCUAUCUCAUUCUGUUAACAUUAUCUAUCUAUCUAUCUAUCUAUCUAUCUAUCUAUCUAUCUAUCUCAUUCUGUUAA